AUGCCCUCCCAGCAAGAACUCGACUUUCAAAUCUCCCCACUAGUUCAAGAAUCACUAGUCCACAACACCCGAACCCUCCACAACCUCCAAUCCCUCACAGCCUCCCUCUUCGGCGUCGGCGCCGGCAUUUUAGGUCUAGAGUCCUACUCCGGCUUCCUCUUCUACCUCGUCUUCUCCCUCAUCACAACCCUCCUCUUCUACGCUCUGAGAAUAGCUCCCACGGCGAUAUCCUCCCCCUCUUCUUCUUCUUCCUCCACCACCUCAAAAGGAGGCGUCCUGUCCCGGUAUUUCAGGAGUCCGCUCGAUUUCUGGACAGCGGGGCUCACGAACGGGCUGGCGGGGUUUAUUCUGACUUGGACGCUGUUUUAUGGGUUGGUGAGGGCAUGA